UGCAAUCAAAUGCAACUGUCUCUCUCCCCCGAUACACACGGGUGUUUGUUAUUGUUUAUUGAAUAUUUUGAGGUUAAACACUGUGUGCAAUACAAAAGGAAAAAUAUAAAAAAAAAAAAGAAUAAUAAAAGCAACAAUUGAAUAAUUAAAUAAUAGAUCUUGAAAAUGGCUCAUCCAGAGUCAUGUCAAGAAAGACAAAAAAAUGAAUUUGAAGUACUCAAGUCAAUAUUUGGUGAUGAACUACAUGAUUUGAGAAAAAAUAAAAAUAAAAAGAAAUGGCAACCAAUGGAUAUAUCAAUAACUUUAACACCACAACAAGGUAUGUCUGGACCAGCUGAAAUAUAUGCUAAAAUUGAUUUAUGUUUAACAUGUAAUGAUAAAUAUCCAGACACACCACCAACAAUACAAUUAAAUAAUAGUCUUGGUUUAUCAAAUGAACAAAUAUCAUGUUUAUCAAAUGAAUUAAAAAUUUUAUCAAAACAAUUAAAAGGUGAAGUUAUGAUAUAUGAUCUUGCUCAACAUGUACAAAAAUUUCUUCAUGAAAAUAAUAAACCUGGUACAAAAUCAUUUUAUGAAGAAAUGGUAACAAGACAAAAAGAAAAAAUGCAAACUGAAAUGCAAGUUAUGCAAGAAAAAAAAUUACAAGAAGAUAAAGAACGUCAAUUAAUACAAGAUGAAAUAUUAAAACGUCGUGAAGCAUUACAAGCUGAAUUACGUGAACGUCGUGAAAGUAUACAAUUAUCACAAACAAUACAAUCAUUGUCAUUGUCACCAUCAACAUCAUCAUCAUCAUUAUUAUCAGAACGUGGUCAAAAAACAAUAUCAAGAAGACGUCAUAGAAGUUCAUGUGUUUAUUUAGAUGAUAAAAUUUGUAAUCAUCAAGGUACUGAGUUAAUUAAAUUUGAUAAUAAUUGGGGUGAUAGAAAUGUACAUCGUGGUAGAUGUCUUGGACAUAGUAGUAAAGGUUCAAAUGUAUAUGCUGGUGUUGAUAAUACAAGUGGUGAAUUAUUAGCAAUAACAGAAUGGUCAUUAAAAUGUAUUACAAAUAAUGAUUCAUCAAUAAAUGAUACAAGUGAUUUACAAUAUGCCAUAAAACAAAUAAGUAGUAUUGAACAAGAACUUAAUUAUUUACAAAGAUUACAACAUUCAAAUCUUGUUAGAUAUUAUAAUUUAAAAUACAUACAAGAAAAUGAUGAAAUAACAAUUUAUAUUGUACAAGAAUUUGUUGUUGGUACAACAUGUUCAUUUUUAUUAACUGAAAAUUUUCCAGUAACACCAGAAAUGCUUCGACAUAUUACAACUGGUGUAUUAUCAGCACUUGAAUUUCUUCAUAAUAAUAAUAUUGUACAUAAAGAUUUACGUGAUACAAGUAUACAUAUUGAUCGUCAAGGAAUCAUUAAAGUAUCUGAUUAUUCAUUGAAUAAAAGAUUAUCUGAUAUUUAUCAUUCAAAUUGUUUAGCUAAAAAUGAUCAUGAUUUUCCAACAAUACAAGGUAGAGGUGGUAAAAAAUUAGACAUAUAUAGAUUUGGUAUUAUAUUAUUGUCAUUAUUAAAAGGUAAAAUUAUCACUGAAAUUGAUACUGAUUGGGAUAAAAAUAUUGUACAAUCAGAGAUACGUGAUUUUUUAUCAAAAUGUUUAACAAAUGAUGAACGUUCAAGAUGGUCAGCAAAUCAAUUACAAACACAUAUAUUUAUACGUACACCAAUAAUACAUAGUAUAUCAAAACCUGAAAAAAAUCAUGAUAAUGAAAAUAAUAGUACUGAAUCAGAGGAACAAGCUAAUGAUAUGUCAAUGUAUUUGACAUUGUUAGGUGGUCAAUCAAGAAUUCAAAAUGAAUUUGAAGGUCUUAAAUGGCUUGGUAAAGGUGCAUUUGGUGAUGUUAUAAAAGCUAGAAAUAAAUUAGAUGGUGGUAUAUAUGCUAUUAAAAGAAUACGUCUUGAUGCUAAAACAAAACAAUUAAAUAAAAAAAUAACACGUGAAGUUAAACUUUUAUCACGUUUAAAUCAUGAAAAUGUUGUACGAUAUUAUCAUUCAUGGAUUGAAUGUGCAACAAUGGAUGAUACAAAUACUAAUGAAUCAUCAACAUCAGCAUCACAAACAUCUGAUGAACAAUCUCUUGAUAAUAAUCAUGAUGAUGAUGAUGAUGAUGAUGAUGAUAAUGAAAAUGAUGCUUCAAGUGAUGAAGAUAGUGAUGAAGAUUGGGAUCUUCUUCGUCGUACAGCAAAUGAAUCAUCUGAUUUUGUUGAAUUUGAAAAAGAUGAUGAUGAUGAUGAUGAAGAAGAUGAUGAUGACGAAGAAGAUGAUGAUGAAGAUGAUGAAUCAAAAACAAUUAAUAAAACAAAUAAUGGUAAUAAUAUUAAAAAAAAAAUACAAUUUAUGUGUAUACAAAUGGAAUUUUGUGAAAAAAGUACAUUACGUACAGCAAUUGAUAAUUUUUUAUACAAAGAUGAAGAAAGACUAUGGCGUUUAUUUCGUGAAAUAAUUGAAGGCUUGGCACAUAUACAUCAACAAGGAAUGAUACAUCGUGAUUUAAAACCAGUAAAUAUAUUUUUAGACAGUAAUGAUCAUGUUAAAAUUGGAGAUUUUGGUCUAGCAACAACAAAUAUAUUUUCAUCAUCUUUAACACAAUCUUCAACAAAUGAUAAUGAUAAUAAUAAUAAUAUGUCAGAUAAAUUAUUAGUAACAUCUGAUACAGAUAAAUGUAAUUCAAUGACUGGACAAAUUGGUACAGCAUUAUAUGUUGCACCAGAAUUAAAUUCAAAAACAUCAAAAUCAAUGUAUAAUCAAAAAGUUGAUAUUUAUAGUUUAGGAAUAAUAUUAUUUGAAAUGUGUUAUAAACCAAUGGAUACUGGAAUGGAAAGAAUUAAAACACUUAUGAAUAUACGUAUGAAAGAAAUAAUAUUACCAGAUGAUAUUAAUCAAGGUGAUACAAAUAAAAAAUUAAAAUUAUUAAAUUUAUUAUUAAAUCAUGAUCCAAGUCAACGUCCAACAUCACAAGAAUUAUUAACAUCAGAAUAUUUACCACCACCACUUGAAGAAGCUGAAUUACAAGAAAUGAUUGGUCAUACAUUAUCAAAUAGUCAAAGUAAAGCUUAUAAAUAUUUAAUAUGUUCAUGUUUUGAUCAAAAUGUAACACCAGCUGAAGAUAUAACAUAUGACAUGAUAAUACCACAAACAAAAUCAACAUUAAAUAAUAAAAAUACAAUUGCAUGUUGUUGUGAUUCAUCACUUGGUUAUGUACGUUCAUAUGUUAAAUCAAAAGUUAUUGAAAUAUUUCAAUGUCAUGGUGGUAUUGAUAUAACAACAUCAUUAUUAAUGCCAAAAUCAGGACAUAUUUAUAAUGAUACAGAUACUUGUGUUAAAUUAAUGACACAUUCUGGUUAUAUUGUAACAUUACCACAUGAUUUACGUGCACCAUUUGCAAGAUAUGUUGCAUGGAAUAGUAUAAAACAUCAUCGUAGAUAUACCAUUGAAAAAGUAUAUCGUGAACAAAAAGUUCAUGGUAUUCAUCCACGUGAAUUAUUUGAAUGUGCAUUUGAUAUUGUUAGUCCAACAAAAAGUCUUAUGGCUGAAAGUGAAUUAAUAUAUAUUGUAUGGAAAAUAUUUGAUAAUUUACCAGAGCUAUAUAAUAAAACAUUUACUGUACGUUUAAAUCAUACAUCAUUGCUACAAGGUGUACUUAUGUAUUGUGAUAUUGAACCAGAUAAAUAUCAAGAUAUUUACAUGAUAUUACGUGAUGCAAGAAGUGGUCGUAUAUCAAAAUUUCAAGUACAAACACAUUUAAUUAGUUUAUGUUUAAGUGAUCGUGCAAUGGCAUUGUUAUUUAAUCUAUUUGAUAUUGAAAGUUCAGCAGCUAAAAUAAUAAGUAUAUUAAAAAGUAUAAUUAAAAGAAAAUGUGAUGCAUCUGAAUAUGUUAAAUAUAGUUUAAGUGAAAUUGAAACAGUUAUAUCACAUGCUGAAUCAUUUGGUGUUAAAUUUCCAAUAAUAAUUGCUCCAUUAUUAGUACCAAAUAUAACACAAUAUAGUGGUAUAUUUUAUCAAAUAACAUGUGAACCAACAAAACCAAGAAGACGUGAUGGACAUAAUGUUAUUGCUGCUGGUGGUAGAUAUGAUAAAAUGUUAACGACAUAUCAUAAAUUAGCAGAAAAAACUGGUUUAACUAAUAAUACAAUAGAACAACAUGCUGUUGGUAUUAGUAUAUCAUUUGAUAAAUUAGUUAAAAUUGUUAGUGAAGCUGAAAAAGAUUGUUAUGAUUAUACAACAAAAAUUGAUAUGAAAUAUGGUUUAAAUGUUGCGGUGUCUUGUACAGAUGGUGAACCAAAACGUGAUCAUGAAUUAGCUAAUUUAUUACGUGAAUUAUGGACAUUUGGUUUUCGUGUAACUGUAUUAGAUUUAUCGACAACUCAAGAUGUUGUUAAUCAUGCACAUGAAAAUUCAAUAACACAUAUUAUUAUAUUACAAUCUGAUGAAAAAAGUAUAUUUAAAUUAUAUACAUGGGAACGUGAUCAUUAUAAUGAACGUAAAUUUUCAUUAAAUAAUAUUAUUGAACAUUUUCAAAAACAAAUUGAUAAUCAAUUAAAUAGAUCUGAUGUUAAAGUUACUAAUAAUUAUGAUAGUAGUAUAAUGCCAAUUAAUGUUAAUAUACGUUUUUUAUUACCAUCAACAUCAAAGCUAAGUGGAAGUUCACGUAAAAGUUUUAAAAAUUCAAUGUUAGCACAAAUGACAACACAUUUACAAAGAAUAUCAUCAAAAAUACCAAUUGAAGUAUUUGCUGUUUUAAUUGAUAUGAAUGUCAUUUGGACAAUUGUUAAACAUUUAGAAACUGAUGAAAAUGAACAAAAAAAAAAUUUACAAUUUAUUAUUGAAGAACAUUCACGUCAUAAAGAAUAUAUACAACAAAUUUGUGAUGAAAUGAUUGAAGCUAGAAAUGAAAAAUCACGUCCAUCAUUAAUUAUGUAUAGUCUUAUUGAUAAUAAAUUUGCAAUUAUUCUCUAA